CGCUUGUGAGGUACUGUAGUAGUUUGCGGUCUUGACGACAUUUGCGCGCUGCUGUUCGGUGCCACAGCGGCCAUAGUGAACUGUCCGCACAAUGGAGGCCGGCGACUGGGAGCUAUCCAAAGAGAACAUACAACCGUUGAGGCACGGCCGCGCCAUGUCGUCGCUGCAGGCAGCGCUGGCCCCUCAAUGUCAGGAGGACCUCAAGCAGAAACGGCGGGAGUUUGAAGAAGAGCUUCGAACCUCGUCUGGAGUCGGCCUGCUGGAUGUGUACCACAGGUAUCUGUUGUGGGUGGAGCAGCAUCAUGUUACGAGUAGUGUCAACGUGCCCCAGCUGCUCGAGCAAGCCAUUGUGCAGUUCAAGACAAAUACUGAACUGUUCAACGACGAACGCUAUGUGGGCAUUUGGAUACGCUAUGCUAUGCUGUCACCAGAGCCCCUCGCUACGUUCAAAGCCAUGUUCGAGGCUGGAAUUGGGGAUCAACAUGCUGAAUUUUUUCAUACCUGGGCACAGCAGCUUGAAGCAUCUGGUGAUACUUGCGGCGCAUCACGUGUCCUCAAGGGAGGCAUCGAUCGGCGUGCUGCGCCCACCAGCCGGCUUGAAGGGGCACUAAGGCACUUAGAGGCACGCGUUAGCCGCCAGGUAGCUCUCGAUGUGGAGCAGCAGUGCCAGGAAGCAGCAUUGGCUGGUGGCCCAAGACAGGAUGCGCGAUCUGUGCUGGCGCCACUGCCUCCACAGAAGCGAGGCACCGCUCCUGUGAUGCGCACAGUACCUGUCGCCAGGCCAGCCGAGCAGCAGCAGCGUGGCCUGGCAAUAGUGACAGCUGGCGCAGCAGCUGGCAACCGAGGCCACACGAAGGUGCGCGUGCAGUGUGAUGAGAACGCCCCACGAGAUGGCGAUGCCCUGCUCAUCCAACCCGUGGCUGCGCCACCCUUUGUAACCACCACCCAGCUGACCAAGGAGAACACCCGCGCAGCUGGACAGUGGUCUGGAGUCAGGGCAAAGCAGCGGCUACCGUCAGCGCCUCCACAGCCGGGCUUCGAGGUCCUGGAAGAGCAAGGCAGCCAGCCGCCUCUGUGCACACCUACCCUUGUCCCUGGCUCUCGGCAGGGUCUCAGCGAGCGCAAGAAGUCUGCGGAAGUGUACGAUGGUUACGGCUGGGACCGGUGGCAGGUUCCGCUUUGUCGGCCCGACCCGGCAGAUCUACCGGUGCGACCAAUGUAUGACAAGGCGAGUGUGUACAGAGGCACCACAGAGUUCCAGUUUGAGGAAAUCCGCCUGGCCAACAUUCGGGCACGGCAACGGCAGAUGUUGGAACGGCAGCUGGAGGUGGAGCGAGAGCGAUGCGCGCAGCUGGAGCUGGAGCGUCUUGUGCGUCAGCAGAGGGAGCAUUGCGAACGAGAAGAACAGGUGGAGGCACUCAAGCAAGAGCUGUGCAGUAUGCGCAAGGAGCUGCAGCAGUUGCGCAGCCUGCUGGCCAAGAACAGGAGUGGCAGUAGGGACCAUGCUGUGAUGACUAGCCAAAUUGUGCAUUUGGAACGGAGCAUCUUGGUUGCUGAACAGUCCAUCCUGGUUGGGCCUGUUUCAAGCAGCGGCAUGGAGGAGGGGGCCUCCGGGCAACCUGAUGAAGUGGACAUGCCACCUGGCACGCCAAGUGCUCACCAGGUGAGCGGAGCUGCAAGUGCCGAGAGCACCCAGAGCGGUGGAAGCUUGCGCACAGCUGAUGUGUCGAAAGUUGUGCGCAGCCUCUGGAACUGCACUUUGGGGCAGUCACGCCUGAACCAGCAAGAUUGCACGAUGGAAGCUGCACCAAAAAGCACUGUGAAUGAAGUGCAAACCGAGACUGCUGUUGAAAACGCUGCUGUCGUAGGCGUUCCAGUGGCACCUUUUGAGGUGUUCUCUGAGCCCACCCAGACAGGCGGGCUUACCUGUGGUGUCCAUCAGUCUCCAAUCGAUGCUCCUGUAGAGGGUGGCAACGAUGAGAACAGGAUGCCAGCGGACUGUGUCCCACCAGAGGCUUCUGUGAAGGCGAAGCCACUUCAGCAUAGGGUGCCCUUCACCGAACUACCCAUGCAUGAGGACCAGGAUUUGGAGGACGAUGAGGAUGUCUUUAGAGGAAUCGAACCCUUAGAAGAUGAGGAUAAUUUCACCUAUGCACCGUCCGAAAGCUUCGUCCGCAAGGUGACCUCGACGCCCUGUGCUACUGACCGCACAGUACCCAAGGUGGGUGAGAACUUUACGGUGGGUGGUUUGACUGCCCUUGUCCAGGAGGUUGCCAUCAGUGAUUCGCCUGUCACCUCAACAUCUGCCGCACAGCUAUCCCCUGCAGAGCCCCUUCGGCAGCCACCUCAACAAGUUGAGCAACAGCAGCCCAGCCAACCUGGUGUGCCAGUUCCUCCUGGUGCAGACACUGGCAACAGUGCUGCACCCCUUGCCGUGCGCCGGUUCUCCAUUGCGGCUGCUGGGGACUUGAGUACCAUCUUUGAGUGCAGCAAGGAAGGCAAAUCAAGCAGCAACAGUGGAGGCAGCACCUGUUCAAGCAGCUCUUCGUCCCAGCAUUUGGUGGCUGGGGCCACACUGAGUACCACAGCGCGGCCCCCCACUGGUGGCAGCUCUACCCUGCCAGCUGUCCAGGAGGAGCCCGAUGACUAUGGUGGCACCUCCAUAACAGCACCAGCUGCACCUGUGCCAGAGCAGUUCCAGGAACAGGGUGAAGGGGUCGAGCAAGCAGCAGGUGCCCUGGCUUGUGGAAACCCAUUUUCAGAGGAACUGCGACGCGUUGUCUUGAAGUCAUGGCAGCCACAGACGAGCGACCAACAAAAGCUGUUUGAGUCUGCUGGCAAACGCCCAGUUCUCAAGGUAGAUGCACAGAUCACUCUGGGGGACCACGAAGUGAAGGUGCUUCACCACUUAGCGUCAGGUGCCUAUGCACGUGUCUAUCUGGCUCAGAUGGUGAACACUGAGGAGACUUACUUGGAUGAUGACGAGAGCUUUGAGGCACCUUCCCAGAUAAAGGUUGUGCUGAAGGCUGAUGACAGCAGCAGCAGUGCCUGCUGGGAGUCCUACAUAUGCUGCGAACUGCACCGACGCCUCAGCGAGACCUCAGGAGCGCUUGCAAAGUGUGUAGUAGACCUGCAGCUGGCCUGCUUCUUCAGCAAUGGUGCCAUCCUGGUGUUCCCAUACAGCCCCUAUGGAACGCUAUUGGAUCUGGUGGCCCAGUUCCAGAAGCAUUGCCGCAGCUCUGUACCCGAGUGCUUGGUGCUCUACUUCGCUCUCGAGUUCAUCACAAUCCUGCAACAAGUGCACUUGUGCGGCAUCAUCCAUGCGGACAUAAAGCCUGACAACAUUCUCAUCACUGACCUUCCGAGCAAGGCAGGCUUCCUGGACAGUUUUUCUGAGCAGGGUCCCAGCUGCCUGCAGUUGAUUGACUUUGGACGUGCAAUUGACAUGAGCCAGUUGCCACCUGGCACAGCAUUCACUUAUGCGGUGACCACGGAAGGGUUUGUCUGCACUGAGAUGCGCGACGGUCGCCAGUGGACAUUUCAGACUGACUGGUUCGGCCUGUUGGGGUGCCUGCACGUGCUCCUCUUUGGAGACUACAUGGAAGUCGAAAAGAGGUCUGACAACACUUGGGGUAUCCGGAACAAGUUCAAGCGGUACUGGCAGCAGGAUCUGUGGAACAGACUCUUCUCAACCCUCCUGAACAUUCCCAGCUGCUCCGAGCUACCGGAUCUGACACCGUUUGUGUUGGAGAUCCAGAGCCUGUUGCGCAACAGGUCACGUGCACAGAGUGUGGUCGUGGAAGCCCUGCGGGCCAAAAACUUUUAAUUUGUUU